AUGUUGAAGCAAUUGAAUUUCCUAUUGGGAUUGUUAUUGGUUACUUUCACUCAAGUAACAUUAGCAGCUAAACAAAAUGUUCUUGUCUUGUAUGAUCCAGUAUUAAACAAACUUAAUGAUUCUACAACAUAUUCAUCAGAAGUUAAUAAAUUUUUAACUCAUUUAAAUGAGAAAUAUGAUGUUUCAUUAUCAAAUUAUGAUGAACCUGCAUCUAUCAUUGUUGAAGGCGGUUUAAAAGCAUAUGAUCAUUUACUCUUGUUUCCAAGUUCUAAAAAAGCCAUUAAAAAUAAGGGAAAUUUAACCCAAUUUGAAUUAAUGAAAUUCAUAAAUGCAAAUGGUAAUAUUGUAGCAAUUGGUGGAAUUCAAAGUGUUUUACCAGAAGGUAUUAGAAAUUUCUUAAAUGAAUUAGGAAUUUUCCCAUCUCCUAAGAAUUAUGAAUAUAUUGAUCAUUUUAAUUCUAAAAAUGGUGAAGUUCAAUUAAAUCAAGACUUAAAUGUUGUCCCAGGAAAUAGGAUUAUUAAAGAUUUGAAAGUUAAGGAUUAUAAUGGUAAUGCUGCCUUAAUUUCAAAUAAUGAAUAUCUUUUCCCAAUUUUAAGAUCUUCAGCUACUGGAUAUACUUAUAAGGCAAAUGUUCCAGUUGAUGAAGGUAAGACUUGGACUUUUGGAGAACAAGGGUUCUUAGCUGUUGGAUUACAAGCUUUAAAUAAUGCUAGAUUAGUUUGGCUUGGUUCUGAGGAAUUAUUAGCCGAAGAAGAUUUAUAUAAAUGGACAUUCCAACAACAAGGUGUAUUAAAAUUACAAUUUGUUCAACAUCAUAAAGCUGAUUCUCCUCAAGAUGUUAAUUCUACAUUAUAUAGAAUUAAAGAUCAAGUUAUUUAUACAAUUGGUGUUUCCGAGUAUCAUGAUGGGAGAUGGUAUCCAUUUGAAGUCAAGAAUGAUGAAGAUCAAUUACAAUUAUCUUUCAAGAUGUUAGAUCCAUAUCAAAGACUUAAUUUAUUACCAUUGGGCCCAGUUUCAUCUCAAGAUGAUGAAAUUUUGGAUGCAUAUGCCUAUUAUGUCAAUUUCACCCUUCCUGAUCAUCAUGGUAUGUUUACUUUUGAAUUAGAUUAUAAGAGAGUAGGAUUAAGUUAUUUGGAAGAUAAGAGAGUGGUUACUGUUAGACAUUUAGCAAAUGAUGAAUUCAAGAGAUCUUGGAAUAUCACUAAUGCUUGGUAUUAUAUGGCUGCUACCAUAUUAGUGAUUCUUGCUUGGUUCUAUUUUGUUGUUGCUUAUAUCUUUAUUGGAAAGACUGAUCUUGUAAAAAAGAACGUUUAG